AUGCCAAAACAAAAGAUUAAUAAUAGUCUCUGUUCUGUUAAAAAUUGUGAUAAAGAUUCAAAUAUCUUUCAGUGCUUAACUCAAUUGGCUAUGAAAAAAGCAAUCGCAAAUAGUACUAUUCAACAGUAUUUAUACUUACAGCUAGUUAUUAUUGAGAAUAAGCCAAUUAAUAAAGAUAAGCCUAUUUCAAACUUACCAAAUAAACUAUCACUUGGAGAUCAAAUUAAAAAAAUGAUGGCUGUUUUGUAUAAAAUAAGACAAGAAAGUCUUGUACUUGAUUCAAAGGAAUUUAAUGAAAUUAUUGAAAAUGCGGACUCAGGCCUAAAAUGUUUUUUUCCUGAAAUAUGUAAUAUAUUAAUACUGAAUAAUCAUUUACCUUAUAACCAAGAUGAGGAUAAAAAAAUAAAUAGUUGUAAUCUUGUAUUUGAUGGCUGA